UUGCAGUAGGACUUUACCCUCCGGCUCGGCAAUAAAAGCCGCCGCGGCGUCGUCAGUGCGGCACAAACCCACCAGACGCAGCAACGGAGAGGCUUUACUUCAUCCAGCAGAGCAUCAUGAAGGGACUCGUGCUUUUCGCUCUUUUCUCCGUCUGCAGCGCCAACAUCUUGUGGCAGGAGCCCCCCAAGACCAACCUGGAUGUGGUGAAGGAGGCGUUUUGGGACUACGUCGCCAAGGCAACCCUCACCGCCGAGGACUCGCUGAACCAGAUCCGGCAGUCCGAGCUUGGGCAGGAAGUGAACUCCAGGAUCACCCAGAACGUGGGCUCGGUCCAGCAGUACAUCGCCAGCAUCCGCGUCCAGGCGGCCCCUCUGACGCAGGAGUACAUGACCCGGUUCUCCCAGGAGGCCGACCUGCUGAAGGCCCGCCUGGAGAAGGACCUGAGCGCCGUGAGCGGCAGCGUGAGCCCCUACGCCCAGGAGAUGGUGGCCCAGCUCCAGGGCCAGGUGGAGGCGCUGAAGAAGGAGGCGGCGCCCUACGCCCAGGCCAUGGACCCCGAGGCCCUGAAGACCGUCGUGCUCCAGAAGAGCCAGGACCUGAAGGGGCAGCUGGAGAAGAGCGCCGGCGAGCUCCAGGCCCAGAUGGUGCCCUUCACCGAGGAGAUGAAGCAGAAGAUGGAGCAGAGCCUGGACGAGUUCCAGAAGAGCAUCAUGCCGCUGACCCAGAGCUUCGAGACCCAGCUGAGCCAGAAGAGCCAGGAGAUCCAGCAGAGCCUGGCUCCCUACGGAGAGGAGAUCCGGGCCAAGCUGGACGCCAGCACUCAGGACCUGCAGGCCCAGCUGGCAACGCUGUGGGAGUCCUUCACCAGGAAGACCCAGUAAACGGACUCAGGAAAUAUUUAUUGUUCCAGCGUUGCUCCUUAAUUUAUUAAAUACAUCUGGAAGAUCUGCUUUCAACUGUCUUGAUCUAUAAUAAAGUUUGUGUCUGUUAUCCUCA